CCAAGGAAAAUACUGGUGGUAGCUUUCUCUGCACUUGUGUACAUCACGGUCUGUCAACCCUUUUCCCCCGACAACCACGUGGACAUACUGUAUGCUGGACAGUGGAAGUCGGUUUUCCUGCAGGACUCCAGCAUAUUAAUACCGCCUGUCCCUAGGCACAACUGCGGGAAAGGAUGGCUGCACCUAAUGCUGGAGACUCCAAGAUGCAGAAUGUUGAUGGGGCAGGAAGAAGUGUUCCAAUGGGCCGACGGCUGCCUGCUUCUCUCUCCCCUGGUCGUCUGCCCUCCAUGCGCUCUCGGGAUCUUACGCUGGGUGGUGUGAAAAAGAAAACCUUCACACCUAACAUCAUUGGACGGAAGGCCAAGGAAGAACAAAAGACUGAUGGAGGACAUAGGCGGGACAAGAAAGACUUCGAUAAAGGACGUCAAAGAGAUGGGCGUGGCAGAGGACGUGGGCGACCAGAGGUUAUCCAGUCACACUCCAUCUUUGAACAAGGCCCUGCAGAGAUGAUGGCAAAAAGGAGAACGGCCUUUGAUGAUGCUCGAGAAACACCAAACUCUGGCCCUUGUCCCAUUAUCAAUAUUAAAAAAGAAAAGAGGGAGACUGAGGAGGAGACUAAGGAAAUUCUACGAAAGUUGGAAAGAGAUAAUUUCUUGGAUGACCCACAUCUGAAAAAUGAUGCAAAGAGCUGCCCUGUGCAACUUCCCUUGUCUGUAUCUGGCUGGGUUUUCAAGGAGGAGUUUAAUGAAGAUAUUGCUGAGGAUGUCAGAAAACCCGAGAGUACUGAGGAAGAUUCUACAAACCCAAGUACAGAAACUUCACCACUUAUUAAAAUUAAGCAGGAGCCAGAUCUUACAGAAACAAAAAAGCUGAAACCCACUUUCAGGCCUCCACCUAUUCCUCAACCUGAUGUGCUUUCAAACCUUCUGGAGUCCUGCAAUCAACUUAAAGGUGUUGAGUUGUUUUUUAUGCAACUCCCUGAUUCACUUCCUGGGCAACCACCAACAACUGAUGUCAGACAAACCAAAACAGAAGUCCAGUCUGAGUGUGGUCAGUCAGUCCUACAAAAGUCAGAGUCACAGGAACCAGAGGAGGACAGGAGCUGUAAUCUGAGGGACUUGCAGGAGGGCCUGGUCGGGCGUGUUCUGGUGAGGAAGUCCGGUCGGGUGCAGUUUGUUCUUGGGAACGUUACCCUAGAUGUUGAUCUUGGAACAACCAGCUCCUUCCUCCAGGAGCUAGUAUCUGUGGGCAUCGAGGGCCGAAGUGGGACAAUGUCUGUUCUGGGGCACAUCAAGCAUAAACUUGUUUGUUCGCCUGAUUUCCAAACCCUUCUGGAAAACCAGACAUGAGAAAGCAUUUUUCGAAGACUGCAAACCAAAAUGAGCAUUGUAUUAAAACAUAACUUUUGUGUGAAUAAAAUUCUUGUAAAUGUGCAUCAGCUGUAAUGCAAUGACAGUGAUGUUUGAUGCUUGAACCUGAGAUGUGUUUAUGUAUAAUGUAAUUGUGUGAGUUGAUUUGGGGAAACUCUAGGGAAAAACUUUUCUUUUCCUUAUUUAAUUAUCUGUAUCAAGUUCGAAUUAUUCAUUUGGAAUAUUGUUUCUUAUCACAUUUCUUUUCUCAAACCAUGUUAUCUAUUCUGACCAAAUAAAACUCAUUUGGAUUUCAAA